UGGCACACCAUGGAGCUGGCGGAGCCACAAAGACCCCGGAGCGGGAUGAACUCGCUCAACACCAAGGGCGAGAUCGAUGAGGUUCGUUUAGAGUCUGCCCUCGGCCACAGGCAAGAAUUAAACAGGCAUUUCGGACUUUGGAGCCUUACUAGUCUCGGGAUCGUGAUUGCAAAUUCCUGGGCAUCAUCGGGUGGCACUAUUGUCGCAGCUCUCCAAAAUGGAGGCCCGAUGGCCGUUCUCUACGGCCUCAUUCUCGUUAGCAUUUUCUACACAGCUAUUUCUGCGUCCUUGGCUGAAUUAGCUUCAUCCAUGCCUUCCGCCGGCGGCGUAUACUACUGGUCCUCAGUCCUCAGCCGAAACUGCGGCCGCAAAGCAGGAUACUUCACUGGCUAUCUCAACGCCUGCGCCUGGCUAUUAUCCGCGUCAUCUAUGAGCUCUAUGCUUGGCAACGAGGGCGUCGCCAUGUAUUUGCUGAAAAACACCACCGUAAAAUGGCACUCAUGGCAAGUCUUCGUUGCAUUUCAGCUUAUGAAUUGGACGUCUUGCGCUAUCGUUUGCUUCGGGAAUCGAUUCAUUCCGAUGAUAAAUCGGAUUGCUUUGUCAGUUUCAAUGUGCGGUCUUGUCGUAACAGUUAUCGUGCUAGCCGUGAUGCCGAAAACCCAUGCGAGCAAUGCGCAGGUUUGGACUGAAUUUCACAACAAAACAGGCGGAUGGUCAGAUGGAGUAUGCUUCAUGACGGGAUUGCUGAAUGGAGCUUUUGCCGUCGGAGUACCGGAUUGCAUUAGCCAUCUCUCCGAAGAAGUGCCGAAGCCAGAAGUGAAGGUUCCCCAGGGAAUCAUGCUACAAAUGCUUACUGCAUUCACGACAGCUUUCGUGUACCUCAUUGCCCUCUUCUACUCUAUUCAAGACCUUGACGCCGUCUAUGCAAGCGACAUCCAUUUCUUCCCAACAGCCGAAAUCUACAGACAAGCAACUGGCUCGAAUAACGGGGCCAUCGGACUGAUCGCUGUUCUAUUUAUCGCGACUUUCCCCACUCUUAUUGGCACCUUCAUUACAGGUGGUCGAAUGUGGUGGAGUCUAGCACGAGAUAACGCUACACCAUUCGCAAGCUACUUCGCUCAAAUCCAUCCGACGCUGAACUGUCCCGUCCGGGCAACUGUCGCAAUGAGCGGGCUCGUUACAUGCCUAGGAUGCAUCUACGUGGGCAGCACGACUGCUUUCCAAGCACUGAUUUCAUCUUUCAUCGUCCUCAGCUCGCUAUCCUACUUCGGUGCCAUUUUCCCACACGUCCUAUCAAGUCGCCGGAAUAUGGUGCCCGGGCCAUUCUACAUGGGUCAGAAACUUGGCACGGUGGUGAACAUCGUUGCCUUGGUGUAUAUCAUGGUCACGGUGGUUUUCUUCUGUUUCCCGCUCGUCAUGCCUGCUACGGUGAAGAAUAUGAAUUACACCAGUGUUAUUACGGUGGGAUUGAUGGCGCUGGUGGGCUUGUGGUGGAUCUUUAGGGGUCGUCGGGUAUACAGAGGACCACAGUAUAGCUUCGAGGCCGCGGAGAGAUUGAGUGCUUUACAAGCGGGCAAGGAAGGUCGGCGAUCCUUCAUUGAUAUUAUGGGAGAAUCACCAGUACAAUGUGUUGACGGAUGUUGCCAUGUGAGAUGA